AUGGCACCCAAAGUCCUCAUCGUCCUCACCUCCCAAGCCACCAUCCCCAAAACCAACCACCCUACCGGAUGGUAUCUCGUAGGCCUGCCUACCUUACCCAGCAAAAAUGGCUUCCAAACUGACCUUUUGAAACAGCCCGAAUUCGCCCACCCCUGGAAAGAGCUCCAUGACGCCGGCAUCGAAAUGACUAUCGCUUCGCCCAAAGGUGGCGAAGCGCCUCUCGACCCAAGCUCUGUCGAGGCCUUCAAGAACGACCCAGUCUCAGCCGAGUUCCUGAAGAACCAGGAAUCGCUAUGGAAGAACACCGUGCGUCUAGCGGAUAUUGUGCCGCGCACAGGCGAAUUCGAUGCCAUCUUCUAUGUUGGUGGACACGGUCCCAUGUUCGACCUCGUCAGCGACCCGAUCUCCCUCUCUCUCAUCCAAACCUUCGCAGCAGCCCGCAAACCCGUUUCGGCCGUCUGCCACGGCCCCAUCGUAUUCGCCAACGCGACUACGCCGUCCGGCGAACCGCUAGUCAAGGGCGCCACCGUAACAGGGUUCUCGAAUGUGGAAGAAGAGCAAGUGCAGAUGGUCGAGGCUAUGCCGUUUUUGUUGGAGGACAAACUCGUCGCGGCCUCGGAUAGCACGAAAUAUGUAAAGGCUGAGCAGCCAUGGGGUGAGAAGGUGGUUGUUGAUAAGACGUAUCAGCUUGGGGGACCGUUGAUUACGGGCCAAAAUCCGGCGAGUGCGACGGGCGUUGGGAAGGCGUUGUUGAAGGCUUUGGGGUUGUGA